AUGGGGGUUGUAACCGAACCCAAAGAGGACCCUGCUAUUGAGGAGCUCAAGGAAAUCAAAGCUCAUGAGGAGACUAAUAAUGUCACCUUGCAUGCUCCUUUGCUGAGAGAAGAACCUGAAGAAGACUCUUCUUCAGACGAGGAAGAGAAGUCCAAAGAAGAGCAAAUUGCUCGGUACCUGGCAAUCCUCAGGAAGCUGAAGGCCAACUCUUCUUAUACAGAGGCGUUGGAGGAGGAGGACAAGCCUGUGGUCCUGGCCAAGGAGUGCAAUGCCUUGGUUCAGAAGAAGCUCCCUCAAAAGAUGCCAGAUCCUGGAAGCUUCUUGAUUCUCUGUACUAUAAGGACCAUCAGCUUUGAGAAGGCACUAUGCGACCUUGGCUCAGGCAUCAAUCUGAUGCCUCUGUCUGUAAUGAAGAGGCUAGAAAUUCUAGAGGUGCAGUGUGCCAUAAUCUCAUUGGAGAUGGCAGACAAGACCCUAAAAAGGUCGUAUGGUAUGGUGGAGGAUGUCCUAGUGAAGGUUGACGACCUUUACAUCCCUGUAGAGUUUGUGAUUCUAGAUACUGGGGAUGACAGAAAUGAAUCCAUCAUCCUUGGAAGGCCUUUCCUAGCCAUUGCUAAGGCCAUAAUUGAUGUGGAAAGAGGAGAUCUAGUUCUAAGACUACAUGAGGAUUGCAUCUUAUUCAAGAUCCCCAACCCUCAGUCUUCUGCUGACAGAGAAAGUACCAUAGUACAGCACAUUGUGUCUCAGCCUUCCCUCUCAGUGGAGAGCUUUACAGAACCCCCAGACACCAACUCUAAGUUUGGUGUUGGGCAACCAUCAUCAAGCACUGGGAAGAAAGUGAGUAAGAUCCUGUCUCUAGAGCAUGUGGAGCUUAUUCAUGAGAGCACAGGAAGAAAGUUCACUGUAAGGGGUAAAGAUCUGAGCACCUAG